ACAAAUAAUAAGAGUCAAGGGAUGAGAAUCCCUCAACAAGAAAUAAUUUCUUGACAAUUCUCAUUUCUCUAGUCUAAACUAUUUAUUAUCUUGUAAUGAUAUUUUGGUAUUGUAUUGUAUCAUUAAAUAACUACAAUUCGUAAAAUAAAAUAAAAUAUUUUUCUAAUUUUUUUUAAUAACAUUAACAUUAUUUGCUGUGGUUUCUGAAGUACAUAUACUUAAGUCAGAGUUCCAAACUUUCGAUCUAUAGUAAAAUGGAAAAUGACAAAAUUUUGGAAUCGGCUUUAGAAAUUGAACAGAGAUUUAUUGCAUUUUAUGAGUUCAGAAAAGAUAUAAUUAAAAGUUCAGACAUAUCUAGUUAUAAUGUGCAAAACAAGAAACAAAAGUUACAGCAAUUAAGAAUAGAAUUGAACAAAUUAUACGAAAAACAAAUGCAGUUGGAUAAAUUAAAUAUGCCAGACACUGAUUUAAUAAGCUCAAUGAAUGAUAAUAUAAAAUAUUAUAUUUUUUUGAAAGUUCAUUUGGAUACAUUGAAUCAACGCAAAUGGUUAUUAAGUCAGCAUACUUUAGAAGAAGUAUUAGACCUAGAAGAGGAUACAUUGAAAAGAAAAUUGGAUGAAGUUUCAGAAUUUUUCCUUGUUAAUCUUUCUGAAAUUGAUGACGAAAUAAAAAAUGAACAGAUAAUCAGAACUCAACUGCAUGAAAUACAGUCAAAAAAGUUAAAAAAAAUGACAAAUGAAUAUCAAAGUGCUAUUAAAAAACUGAAGAUUGAACAUAUUUUGAUGGAAAGACAAUUAAAAGCAUAUAAUUAUAUCUCUUAAUGUAUAGAUAUUCAUUACUAUUGUAGAUACAUUUUAAAAAGU